CUCUCUAUACUAGCUCAAAUUCCAACAACAAUUAAACACAAAAUCUUGCACAAAUUUAAAACUUGAUAAUUGCACAAUUUGGAUUACACCGUCGUAUUCUCCAGGACACUAAGAAGUGAUUUUGCUAUUUUCUGUUGAUUCUUCUGUGAUCAAUAAUAUGGCGGCUACUAAUGGCACUACAUGUCCAAAACCGAUGGUGGCUACCUCUACCGGAGUUUUCCAAGGCGAAAAUCCUCUUGAUUUCGCCCUUCCCCUUGUCAUCGUACAAAUAAUCCUGGUCAUUGUCCUCACUCGUACUCUAGCCUUCUUACUUAAAGCUCUGAGGCAGCCUCGUGUGAUCGCUGAGAUUAUUGGAGGAGUGCUACUAGGACCAUCUGCUUUUGGUCGUAACGAGGCAUUCCUGAAAACAAUAUUUCCUCCCAAGUCUCUUCCGGUGUUGGACACACUAGCCAACCUUGGCCUCAUCUUCUUUUUAUUCCUAGUAGGUCUUGAAUUGGAUCCAAAAGCUUUACGCAGGACAGGGAAGAAAGCAAUGAGUAUUGCUCUUGCAGGCAUUACUUUGCCUUUUAUUAUGGGAAUAGGUACAUCAUUUGUUCUUAGAGCAACCAUUUCAAAAGGUGUUAGUCAAGCUCCCUUCAUAGUCUUCAUGGGAGUUUCCCUCUCUAUUACCGCCUUUCCUGUCUUAGCUCGUAUCUUAGCUGAGCUCAAACUACUUACAACUGAUGUGGGCCGUAUGGCCAUGUCAGCUGCUGCAGUCAAUGAUGUGACAGCUUGGAUUCUACUCGCUUUAGCUAUAGCCCUCUCUGGCACCGACACUUCCCCUUUAACUUCCUUGUGGGUAUUCUUGUGUGGUGCGGCUUUUGUUGGUAUGUGUAUUCUUAUAAUCCCUCAAAUCUUCAAGUGGAUGACUCGACAUUGCCCAGAUGGUGAACCGGUUGAGGAAAUUUACAUUUGUGCUACCUUAGCCGCAGUUUUGGCAGCUUCAUUUGUGACUGAUACUAUUGGGAUUCAUGCCCUUUUCGGAGCAUUUGUUCUUGGAAUUCUUGCGCCAAAGGAUGGGCCAUUAGCUAGUGCGUUGGUAGAGAAAGUCGAGGAUCUUGUGUCUGGCCUUCUUCUUCCUUUGUACUUUGCUUCGAGUGGACUUAAAACCAACGUAGCUACUAUUCAAGGGGCUCAGUCAUGGGGACUUCUACUUCUUGUUAUACUAACUGCCUGUUUUGGCAAGGUUGUUGGGACCGUUAUGGUUUCUCGUCUAUGUAAAGUGCCUCUCAGUGAGUCAAUUGCUCUUGGAGUUUUAAUGAACAGCAAAGGUUUAGUGGAGCUGAUUGUCCUGAAUAUCGGUAAAGACCGAAAGGUGCUAAAUGAUCAGACUUUUGCAAUUAUGGUUCUAAUGGCCUUGGUCACCACGUUCAUGACAACACCAAUUGUGACAGCAGUGUAUAAGCCAGCAAAGAAAGGACACACAUAUAAGCUAAGGACAGUCCAAAGAAAAGAUCCGAGCACUCAACUUCGGAUCAUGGCAUGCUUCCAUAGUGGUAGGAACAUCCCCACGAUGAUUAAUCUAAUCGAGGCUACCCGAGGAACAGAGAAGAAGGAAGGGCUGACUGUCUAUGCAAUGCAUCUGAUGGAACUUUCUGAAAGAUCUUCUGCAAUUCGGAUGGUUCAUAAAGCUCGAAAAAAUGGGCUUCCGUUCUGGAACAAGACAAUACAAUCGGAUUCAAAUCAAGUUGUUGUAGCCUUUGAGGCAUACGGGCAGCUCAGUCAUGUCCAAAUCCGACCCAUGACUGCAAUCUCCCACUUUUCUGAUAUGCAUGAGGACAUAUGUGCUAGUGCUGAGAGCAAAAGAGCAGCCCUUAUCAUUGUUCCCUUUCACAAACACCAGAAGUUUGAUGGGUCAUUAGAGACUACAAGGCAUGAAUACAGAGUCAUUAACAAGCACGUUUUACAAAAUGCUUCUUGCUCCGUUGGUAUCUUAGUAGACAGAGGCCUUGGUGGAUCCUCGCAAGUGUCAGCUAGCAAUGUCGACUCUACAAUCACCAUGUUUUUCCUAGGUGGACCUGAUGAUCGUGAGGCAUUGGCUCUUGGUACACGAAUGUCUGAACACCCAGGAAUCGCUCUUAUUGUUGUUCACUUCAAGGCAGACUCGAACAUGGAAGGAACCGAAUUUUUGGCUAUUAAUGUGAGUGAAACUGGUAGCUAUCCAGACUCUAAGAUAGCUGAUGAGGAAGCCUUAAAUGGUAUUAAGCAAAGAGUGACAAAAGACGGGUCAAUUAAGUACGAGGAAAGAAUAGUAAAAGCGAGUUCUGAUACUGUCGAAAUUGUCAAGGAAUUUUGUCUUUGUAAUUUGGUUUUGGUAGGACGAUCUUCUGAAGGUAUAGUGGCUGCGAAUUUUGGUCUCAAUGUUAAGACCGAGUUCCCUGAAUUAGGACCAGUGGGCGGGUUGUUGACCUCACAAGAAGUUUCGACAAAUGCUUCGGUUUUAGUCCUUCAUCAAUACGGUGGUGGUUCAAGGCCUGUGUCCUUAGAAGAAGAGGUAACGGAUGGGAAUGAAACUGAAACUGAUUAAUUAAAUUUAGUCGAAUAAUUUUAUCUUUACAUACAUAUUAAUUUUAUUGGUGUGUUUUUUUUAUACAGAAAAUUAGAGAUGAUGAUAUGUAGAUAAAGAUUAGCCAGAAGCUUUGGUAAAUUAGAGAUGAGAAUGUUGAUUGGGCUAUGUAUGAUAUUCUCUUUUAAAAAAAGUUGUUUACAGGGCUUGGAUAAGUCACUUAGCUGAAGUUAAGCUUGAACUUUAAGCAAAUUGGGGAAGCAUAUAUGCAAAAAAUAUUGAACCACUAAAUAGUUAAUAACUUUUUUAAAAGUUACAAGAUAGGUUGAGAAAGGGUUAAUGAAAAUUGAACUUAGGUCGUGUUGAGGGAAUAUGGUGCUUUCGGCUACUAAGGUGAUAUAGGUUGGCUAUGUAUUAAACAAGAAUCAAACUAUAAAUACACGUUUGUAUUUUGAAAAUUCGAAUUCAAUAAA